AUGGUCUCAAAGAGAAAGUUAAGAACUUCAAAGUUAGAUUCUUGUAUCCAUCUAUGUUCUGUUUUCUUCAGAUCCUUUUUCUAUACUCUUUCUGCAUUUCUCUUCUUCUUUCUUCUUUACCUUUGGUUAUCUUUCAACAGCGUAAUUUCCCACAACAACUUCCACAUAUGUAUCUUCUCUCGGAAGUUCAACGAUCCUUAUUGUAACACGGCUGGUUCUAAACCCGGUUUUCAAAUAAGCUCUGAAGAAAAUGAAACUUUCACCGGAGAGACCGCAGGAGAUAGAGUUUCCGGUGAUCCCACGAAGAUUUUUCGCAAUGAAGAUAAAAAAGGGUAUGACGAUGUUCUAAAACAAGUAGACAAACACAAGAAUCUUGAUUCCGUUCUUGGUGAUAAAGACGGGUUUCUAAAGAAUGAUACUUUCACCGGAGAGACCGCCAGAGAUAGAGUUUCUAAGGAUCCCAACAAGAUUCUACGAAGUGAAGAAAAAAUGGAGUAUGAUGUUCUUGAACAAGAAGAGAAACCCAAGAAUCUUGAUUCAGUUCCUGAUCAAGAACACAAACCCAAGAACAAGGUGGAUCUCAGUUCACUCAUUGACCUAAAAGCCGAGGAAGAAUACAGAAAAUACAUCAAACCGAAGAGUGAAGAAGAGGGAUAUGCGCUAAGGGCAGUCAUCAAGUAUCUUUACCUACAGAGAUCAUGGCUAUCUCCGGGAGAUGAAAACCUUGAUAAACCGCGAUCGUGUGAAGGUAAAGGGGUUUAUGUUUAUGAUUUACCGUCAAAAUUCAACAGAGAUUUGUUGGUUGGAUGCAACGAUAUACUUCCAGGGGUUGACUUGUGUAGUUACUUCAAGAAUGAAGGCUUUGGAGAAGCUAUUAAGAAUCUUGGUAAAGGUUGGUUUGCAACACACAUGUAUUCUCUUGAGCCUAUCUUACACUCUAGGGUUUUGAAGCAUCCUUGUAGGGUUUACAACGAAAGCCAAGCUAAGCUUUUCUAUGUCCCAUACUAUGGCGGUUAUGAUGUUUUGAGAUGGCACUAUAGGAAUGUUUCUGAAGAUGUGAAGGACCGGUUGGGGAUAGAGGUUUUAAAAUGGCUUGAAUCAAAGGAAUCAUGGAGGAGAAAUGCCGGGAAAGAUCAUGUGUUUGUUCUAGGAAAAAUUACUUGGGAUUUCAGGAGAGAUAAGGUCCCUUGGGGCUCAAGGUUCCUUGAGCUACAAGAAAUGCAAAACCCUACCAAGCUACUCAUUGAAAGACAGCCGUGGCAGGUCAACGAUAUCGCCAUUCCUCACCCAACUUAUUUCCAUCCGAGAACAGAUGACGAUAUCACCAGCUGGCAGAUCAAGAUCAUGAGUAAACCUCGCCCGCAUCUAGUAAGCUUCGCCGGGGGUGCAAGACCCGAGAACCCUGAUAACAUCCGAUCAACGCUAAUCGAGCAAUGCGUAUCUUCAUCUUCCAACCAAUGUCGGUUCUUGGAUUGUACAAACGGAGGCUGCAAGAAUCCAAAGAAUGUUCUUGAUUUGUUUCAAGAUUCGGAGUUUUGUCUGCAGCCGCCUGGAGAUAGUGCAACAAGGAGAUCGGUAUUCGAUUCACUAAUCUCCGGUUGUAUUCCUGUGAUCUUUACUCCGUACACGGCUUAUUACCAGUACGCGUGGCAUCUUCCUGAGGAUCAUCGGAGGUACUCAGUGUAUAUAAGCGAACAAGAUGUGAAGGAAAAGAGAGUAAAUGUGGUGGAGAUAUUGAAGGCAAAGACUCUAAGGGAGAAAAAGGAUAUGAGAAGUUACAUCAUUCAUCAGUUGUUGCCUGGUUUGGUCUAUGGAGACUCUAAUGCUAAGUUUGAGAAGUUUCGAGAUGCUUUUGAUAUUACUUUUGAUAGUUUGCUUGAGAAAAUUAACAAAUCGGAAUGAAAUAUGGAUGAGCGAUCUUGAAUUGUAAUCUAUAAUAUAUAGUUUCAUCAUAUGGAUGAGCGAUCUUAAAUUAUAAUCUAUCUUACACAUUUUCCAUAUAUACUUUUCAUCAAUAAAUUAAAUUAUAACUUUUUUUGGUCAA